AUGCAAAAGAUACUUUUAAUUACUUUCCUUCUUGGAAUAGCUCUCGCUCAAAUUACUCCUGGCGUUGACCCUAUUUCAGCUAAGGUUAUGCCUAAACCUAAGAAUUACACUUAUGGAGAUUUGAGCUUACUUGUCACUGAUCCUUGCGGAAUCUCUUACAGACCUUCUGUUGGGUCAGGAAAAGUACCCAACCAUGUCUAUCAAAUUAUUGGAUUCUACACUUUGAAUAUUUUCAAUUCUAACGAAAACUCUUGUGCUAUGUAAAGAGAAUUGUAUAAGAAUGAAACAACCAUUGAAAAGAUGCGUAGAUUACAACAUUCCUAAAAUAUAGUCUUCGAUAUUUUUAUCUAAGACGCUGCUUUGGCCACUGCAGACACACUCGAAGACGAAUAUUAUGAUUUAUAAAUUUAUAAUACCACAUAUUGGAAAUUGACUGCUAACAAAUAUGUUGGUUUACUCCGUGGUUUAGAAACUUACUCUCAAUUAUUCACUUAAGACGAAGACACUGAAGAUUGGUAUUUGAAUAACAUCCCUAUUUCUAUUCAAGAUUAACCUGACUACAUCUACAGAGGUCUUAUGAUAGAUUCAGCCAGACAUUUCUUAUCAGUUGAAACUAUUUUAAAAACUAUUGAUUCUAUGUUAUUCAACAAGUUGAAUGUUCUCCAUUGGCACAUCACUGAUACUGAAUCCUUCCCCUUCCCUCUUAAAUCAUUCCCUAAUAUUACUAAAUAUGGAGCCUACUCUAAGAAGAAACAAUACAGCUUCGAAGACAUUUAAUACAUUGUAGACUAAGCUCUCAACAAGGGUAUUUAAGUUAUUCCUGAAGUCGAUUCUCCAGGACACGCUUUUUCAUGGGCUAGAUCUCCUUAAUUCUCUAGUAUUGGUCUAUUAUGUGAUUAAUAUAAUGGAUAGUUAGACCCAACACUAAAUUUAACUUACACUGCUGUUAAGGGUAUUAUGGAAGAUAUGAAUACUUAAUUCUACACUGCUAAGUAUGUUCAUUUUGGUGGUGAUGAAGUUGAAGAAUAAUGCUGGAAUAAACGCCCUGAAAUUAAGGAAUUCAUGAAUUAAAAUAACAUCUCUACAUAUACUGAUUUGUAGAAUUAUUACAGAAAGAACUAAGUUAACAUUUGGAAAUCAAUUAAUGCUACUAAGCCUGCUAUUUUCUGGGCAGAUUCAAAUACUUUGAAAUAUGGUCCUGAUGAUAUUAUUCAAUGGUGGGGAUCUACUCAUGAUUUUUCUUCAAUCAAAGAUCUUCCUAACAAAAUAAUUUUAUCUUUCUAUGAUAAUACUUAUUUGGAUGUUGGUGAGGGAAAUAGAUAUGGUGGAAGUUAUGGCAGCAUGUAUAACUGGGAUGUCUUAAACUCUUUCAAUCCUAGAGUUCCUGGAAUUAAGGGUGAAAUUCUUGGUGGCGAAACAUGCUUAUGGAGUGAAAUGAAUGAUGAUUCUACUUAAUUCUAAAGACUUUGGACAAGAAAUAGUGCAUUUGCUGAAAGACUUUGGAACACUGACGCUGCUAAUAAUGAAACUUACAAAACUAGAGCUUUAGUUAGCAGAAUGGUCUUUAUGCAACACCGUUUAACUGCUAGAGGAAUCCCUGCUUCUCCUGUAACAGUUGGUAUUUGUGAAUAAAACCUUUCUCUCUGCUACAAUUGA